AAUACUUUCUCGGCCGCCUUUCUCUUCUUCGUCUCGCUGUUGACAUUCUUCAGAUUUAUAUGAUUAAUUGACCAAGGUUAAAUAAAGAUUAACUGUUAGUGUUGUUCUGUGAAAGCUCAGGACGUCACCAAGUCUUCAAAACAUCUUUUCUAAUUUGGAGGAAAUUGCGAUUGAAAGUGAUGAUCAAAUUUUAUUAUUGGGUGUGGGAAGAGUCACUGGUGCAGAAGGCCUCCUUAACAGUCGGCCAAUAAAGGAAUCAUAUUACCAGGAAUCAAACACGCCAUAAGAGUUCAGAGUGACAAUGGCACGUAUUGGUUUCAGUUUCAGAACCAGCAAACAUCUGUUAAUUCGAUCAUCAUCACUUUCUUCAUCUUCUCAAUCUCAUCAGUUUCUCCGCCAGAUGAGCAUGGCCACACAAAGCGCUGUCUCUACGCUUAGCGAUCUUGGUCUCUUAAGAAGCCAAGGACUUAUAGGAGGGAAAUGGGUUCAAGCAUAUGAUGGAAAGACCAUACAGGUAAACAACCCCGCCACAGGAGAGGUGAUAACAAAUGUCCCAUGCAUGGGUAGGAAGGAGACAACCGAUGCAAUAUCGUCAGCCUCUGAAGCUUUUAAAACUUGGAGCAAACUUACUGCAAACGAACGGAGCAAAUGCCUGCGCAAAUGGUACGAUUUGCUGAUUGCUCACAAAGAAGAUCUUGGGAAACUCAUAACAUUGGAGCAAGGAAAACCUUUAAAGGAAGCUAUUGGAGAGGUAACCUAUGGGGCUAAUUUCAUUGAGUUCUAUGCUGAGGAAGCAAAACGUAUAUAUGGGGAUAUAAUACCAGCCACUCUAACUGAUCGUAGAUUAUUUGUUCUAAAACAGCCCGUAGGUGUUGUUGGAGCAAUUACACCCUGGAAUUUUCCUUUGGCCAUGAUCACUCGAAAGGUUGGCCCAGCUCUUGCAUGUGGUUGUACAGUUGUUAUUAAGCCCUCUGAACUGACACCAUUGACAGCAUUAGCAGCAGCUGAGCUCUCCAUUCAAGCUGGAAUACCGCCGGGUGCUGUUAAUGUGGUUAUGGGGAAUGCUUCGGAAAUCGGAGACACUCUCUUAGAAAGUUCACAGGUAAGGAAGAUCACGUUCACGGGAUCAACGGCUGUUGGGAAAAAAUUGAUGGCAGGUGCUGCACAAACUGUGAAAAAGGUGUCCUUGGAACUUGGUGGAAAUGCACCCUGUAUAGUCUUCGAUGAUGCGGACAUAGAUGUGGCCGUAAAAGGAAGUCUUGCAGCGAAGUUCCGUAACAGUGGACAAACUUGUGUCUGUGCAAAUAGGAUUAUCGUGCAAGAAGGUAUUUAUGAAAAAUUCGCUAAUGCUUUCGUCAGUGCUGUGAAAAAACUUGAAGUUGGGUAUGGUUUCACAGAAAGCGUUUCACAGGGUCCACUAAUCAAUGAUGCUGCCGUGCAAAAGGUUGAAUCUUUUCUUCAAGAUGCUACCUCAAAGGGAGCAAAAGUACUCCUGGGUGGUAAAAGACAUAGCCUUGGGAUGACAUUUUAUGAGCCUACUGUACUCGGUGAAGUCAACAACGAGAUGCUCAUAGCAAGCCAAGAAGUAUUUGGCCCUGUUGCGCCUCUUUUGCGUUUCAAAACUGAAGAAGAGGCAAUUCACAUUGCUAAUGACACAAAUGCAGGACUUGCUGCUUAUGUUUUCACAACAAAUGUCCAACGUUCUUGGCGUGUAUCUGAAGCACUCGAGUAUGGAAUAGUUGGGGUCAAUGAAGGAAUAAUAUCAACAGAGGUGGCACCAUUUGGAGGAGUUAAACAAUCUGGUCUUGGACGAGAGGGUUCCAAGUAUGGGAUGGAUGAAUACCUGGAGGUUAAGUACGUGUGUAUGGGGAACAUGGGUGGUAAUGCAUAAUUUUGGCCAGCCUUUUUUUCCAUGUAUCAAGAGAGCUGAGUAUAUAUUCAGGCAUAGUUAUGGAGAAACAUAAUUUUAUAUUUGUCCCUUUGUUCUCACUAAGGCUUCUUAACAGUUUCUUCUAAGAGUCGUCAUGUACUCACUUUCUUCAUCAUUUCUCCCUUCUAGAGGAACCACGACUGUAGAGGCGAAAGAAACAUUUUAGGAUUUGAGUCUCUUAUAAGCGGACGACCGAUGACAGUUGCAGCGGGUCUCAAAAUUUUCAAGACGUUUUCAUUUGAAUAAGCUGCAUAGAUUAAUAGUUCGUUGCAGUUUUAGGUUGUUUUUCAUGUACAGUGUUUGUUAGGACUUGAUUUUUGUGGGUUGUCUUUUUGGGUGGCUUUG